AAAACGAUCGAAACGUAUACAACAAGAAAUAUAAACGUUGUCUUGCGCGAGAACGAACGUUUCAAAUUUUUAUUGUCAGUAACUAUUUUAUUUGGUCCAUGAUAAGGAUUCAAUAGAUGAAAAUGUAUCAUUUCGAUUUACAUGUAAAACCUUGAAAGAAGAAACCAAUUACGAUUAAUCUGCAGAUAAAGGAAGAGCAGGAAAUCGAGAAUUUGAUUAAAUAUAUUUCCUAGUGAUAAGAAGCGACAAAUAUAUCAUAUCUUCGUCACAUGAAUACAUGUUACGUAGCAAAUACAUUUGGCAUGGUUUUAAUAAAUAGAAGGCACGCAAAUUUACUUUUCUGCGCUCUACUGUUGAACGAUACUGUUUGCAACUUCCAUUUCUUUGAAAAAGCAAAUAUUCUUAUCCAUAAAAAGGAUGAUUGAAUUUAAGAUUUCCGCACCGGGUAGAAUUAUCUUAAGCGGAGAGUAUGCGGCGAUAUAUGGAAAAAACUUUGUGAUGGCCAAUUUAAAUCGUCGUACUACGCUUAAAUUCGCCGAAAUAAUUAAAUAUAAAUUAUUUAGAAAAACUUGUAACAUAGAAUUCCCUGAUGUUGGUUUAUCAUUGAAUUUACCUUUUGAAUUAGUUAAAAAUUUCCUCCAUAGUUGUGAUAUUAUUGGCACGAAUAAUGCCCGCUUGUUUAAAUAUGUGCAAUACUUUAUUACCGUCAACGGUAUGUGGAGUACAUAUGAGCAAAGAUUUAGUUUACAAAUGUUUUUUUUCUCGCUUUUUUUUAUCGUUCGUCGAGAGCAACUCGAUAUAAGAUCUUUUUGCGUACACGUGAAGACGGAAAUACCGAUGCACGCUGGUCUUGGCAGCACGACAUCGUUCGCGGUAUGUGUCGCGGCAUGCUUUCUACAUUGGUCGCGUCUACAGAGAGGUGAUCAUAAUGAAUUUAGUUUUGAUGAAUUACUACUGAUUGGGACAUCUGCCGUGGAAUGCAGGAAACCUAUAUGUAACGCUAUGUAUAUGAUGGACAUUCCUGUAUGUUUAAACAGUAACGUAGCUAUGAGAUGUCAAUUGCUUAAUUGCUACUUAGCUUACAAUAUUUCCACUUUUUUGACGCCAGAAAAGAGAAUUCUUUUGAUCGAUUCGACAGUUUGCCAGAAUAAGUACAAACAAAUAGAGUAUGUGGCCCAAUUAAAACGUUUUUAUCCCGAAAUUAUCGAUCGCCAUUUGAAUACAAUAGAUGAAAUAUCAAAUAAUAUUUCAACAAAGUUAGCAUUAGAUGAUCAGUUCGAUAUAUUACAGAAUUACAUUCAAAUGAAUCAACAUGUGUUAUCUGAGUUAAAUUUGUCGAAUGAAAAAUUGAAUGAUAUUUCCGAAAUUGCAUACGUUUAUGGUUACGUGGGAAAACUUACAGGUAUUGGUGAAAGGAAAUUUGCAUAUAUUUUGCUACGACCGGGUAUUUCAGGAGAAGAAAUUGGUAAUAUUUCCGCACACCUAGAGUCCAAUUUUCCUGUUACGGUAACUAGCAUAAGUUGUGACGGAAUAAGAAUUGAGGAUUAA